AUGGACCCAGCCAGUGACGGCACGUGCUUUCCCUACGAUGUGCUCCUCGACAUCCUCCGCCGCCUGCCAGGGCGCGACAUUUGCGCGUCUCAGUGCGUGUGCCGCGCGUGGCGCGACAUCGUCAACGACGACCACUGGCUCUCCCUCGAGCGCUACUUCCCACGGCGCGCCUUUCCCGGACUCUUCGUCAACAAGACCGGGUGCCGCUCCGAUACGUCCUUCUUCGCACCGUCAGCCACCCGCGGCGCGUCUGGCUUCCGGAGGCCAGUCUACCCGCACCAGGCAAGAGUACUCCAGUCCUACAAUGGCCUCCUCCUCCUCGAGGAGUGGGGCUAUUACGUGCUCAACCCGGCGACGGCGCGGUAUGCCCGUUUGCCGCGGCCGUUGAAGCCGUGGUGCAGCUAUGGCGUAUCCUUGGCUUUCGACCCUGCCGUGUCGCUGCACUACCAUGUUUUCCUCUUUCCGAAAGGUGGUCUGCUCAAGGAGCCAUUAAUGGCCGCUAGCACGCAAUGCCAGGUUCCGCCAUUCGGGGAAGCACAAGCGGAGGAGUUCGAGGAGCCCAAGAAAAAUGUGUUGUCAAUGUUAAUGUACUCGUCAUGCACAGGGCGGUGGGAGGACCGAGAGUUCAUGCCUGGACUUUGUGCGCCGGGGCACCUCUACGACAUGGUUGGCAGAACACCCGAGAGGUACGAGGGUCCAUUUCAUUCAUCUAAUUACUGGCGUGGGUCUGUCUACAUGCAUUGCCACAACAAUGUCCUUGUGAUUCUACGCCCCUCAAAGGGAACUUAUGAUAUGCUCCAGCUUCCCGGAGAACCCUGCGGUUGGGCACUGGCACAUGACGUCGACCUCAACCUGCAUGGCCAUGUGAUUCGUACUCUUAAAAUACAACCCAAAAUGAUAUGGAAGAUUGUUGGAAGCAAUGGUGGACCAGUCAGCUUGUCCGACGAUGACGCAGAGGAUGAUUGGGCCACACCACAUGACUCUGAAUAUUCAUGGGACUCUGAUGAGGACAACUUCAUCGACAUGGUUGGAGGCGCCGGCCACCAUGAGUCGGUAGAACAGGGUGCCUACUGCAGUAUCAUGGGAUUCCAUCCACACAAGAAUGCACUCAUCCUCGAUCUUAGCGGCGCGGUGGUAGUGUACCAUCUUGACAUGUCGAGGAUGCAGUAUCUAGGAGACGCGGACGAGCUCGAUAAAGACAAUUCGCAACCAGCUUGCUGUGUCGAGGAUUCGUUCAUUUAG